CAGGGCCUUCAACCUCCACCAUUUUGUUUUGAUCAGUUCAUAGUUCCUGUGUUACAAUAAAUGUAGUUCUUUUCCAACAUUUUAACUGUGUCUGUUUCCAUUAUGUUAUAUUCCCUGAGCCAGUUUUUGCAGGCCACCCCGGACACCUUGCUGCGGUCAGUGUGGAGAGGGAGAGAGAGAGAGGGAGCGUGAGCGGGACCGGGAGAGGGAGAAGGACAGAGAGAAGGAGCGAGAGAGGGAGCACAGGGAGAGGGAGCGAGAGAGGGAGCACAGAGAGCGGGAGCAGAUGGUGGCCGCCAGCGAGUACAUGCGUGCAGGCAGAUGCCCCCGGCGUCGGUGGCUCAGACAGGCGCGCGGUACAGCACGGCGGCCGACGCCCUGGCAGUCCAAGGACAAGGGCCCGCCCACCAAGCUGCGCAUCGAGCAGGAGCUCCGCGCCCACGGCAAGACCAUCAUCACCGCCGCCAACUUCAUCGAUGUCAUCAUCACCCGCCAGAUCGCCUCCGACAAGGAGUCCCGUGAGAGGGGCUCCCAGAGCUCCGACUCCUCCAGCAGCUUGUCCUCCAGCCGCUAUGAGGCUCCGGGCAGCGGGGCCAUCGAGGUGAUCAGCCCCGCAGGCUCCCCCGCCCUGGACAGGCAGGAGGGGCCCUUCCCCCCGGAGAAACCCGCCCAGACAGCAGCCGUUACCGCCAGCGGGACGAGCCGCCCUGCCCCCAGCAGCCCCUCCCAGGCCGAGGCCUACGGCCAGGUCCCCAAGACGCACCGCGUCAUGACCCUGGCGGACCACAUUUCGCAUAUCAUCACCCAGGACUUCGCCAGGAACCAGGACGCCCCCCAGGCCUCCCCCGCCACCUCCUCCCCCGGAACAUUCCAGAGCUCGGCCCCCUCUGCCCUGAGCCGGGCCAAGAUGCCCAGCCGCUACAGCCCCGAGUCCCAGGGCCCACCCCCACCACCUCACGCCCCGCACCACCCCCGAGCGUCCAGCAGGGUGUCGCCCGAAAACGCCUCCGACAAGCCCAGGGCCAGGCCUGGCAAGUCUCCGGACCGGGGAGGGCCCAUGGAGAGCUACGAGCCCAUCUCCCCCCCGCAGAGCUACCCCGGCCUGGACAAGCAAGAGGCCAUGCUGCAGCAGGCUCAGAGACGAGAGGCCGAGCACACGGAGCAGAGGAACGACUCUCGCUCUCCCGGGAGCGUUAGCUACCUGCCCCCCUUCUUUACUAAGCUGGAGAACACCUCCCCAAUGGUGAAAUCCAAGAAGCAGGAGAUAUUUUGUAAGUUGAACUCCUCUGGUGGCGGUGAUUCAGAUGUGGCAAGCGCACAACCUGAUAUAUUUAACCUGCCUGCAGUGACAAGCUCAAGCAGUAUCAGCUCCAGGAAUCCUUCUUUCGGGUACCCAGCCAGUAACUUGGGCCUGGAGGACAUCAUUCGUAAGGCCCUGAUGGGAAACUUUGAGGACAAGCACGAUGACCACCAGGGCGGUGGUCCCCAGCCCAACAGCAUGGAGCGGCUAACCCGCAUGUCAGCUGGGAAGCAGAAGCUGUUGGGCAAGGCCAACAGCAGGAAGUCCAAGUCGCCCAACCCGGGGCAGGGCUACGCCGGGGCGGAGCGCCCAUCGUCCGUAUCGUCCGUGCACUCGGAGGGCGACUACCACCGGCAGGCCUCACCCUGGACCUGGGAGGAGCGGCCGUCCUCCACCGGCUCCAUGCAGUUCCCCUACAACCCGCUGACCAUGCGCAUGCUGAGCAGGGUGUGGGAGCGUGAGCCCCUGCUGUCGGAGCAGUACGAGACCCUGUCGGACAGCAACCACUGAGCUCCUUACCCUCCGCCCCUCAGCGCUGACAGGAGGAGCCCAGCACCCAACCCCACCCCUCUCACCCUGACUGACAGCGCUGUGCAGGAGGCAGCGGCGGAUAAGGGCGGACAGAUGGACAGACAGACAGACGGACGUAGUGGCGGGACCUGAGGAGGACCUGAGGAGGACCUGAGGAGGACCUGAGGAGGAGCCGGGCCUUCAGGACUCCACAAGCCUCGCGUCCGGGAGCUCUGACGUGUGGCCUGUCUGUUGGAAAACGGGGGGAAAGAACAUUAUAAAAAGACAAAAAGAAAAGCCAGCAAUUUAGACUUGUUUAAAAAAAUAAAAUAAAAAAUUACAAAAAAAUUACAAAAAGAAAUACUAAAAAAGAUGGUAAGAGAAAUAAAGAUGAAGAACUUCUAAUGUUAAAAAAAAACUAAAAAAAAACAUUGAGACACUUAUUUCUUCGAUUUAUUUUGCUUUGUAAAGAAAACACUUUGUCUUUAAAUCGUAUGUAAAUAGAGAAACUUUUUUUUUCCU